AUGCCAUUGGGUGGUGUUUGUCAAAUGUCAACAGUCAAUGUCAUUCUGAUUCGAGUGGUGGAAGUGGGCGCUCGUUCAAAAUGUUUGUUUUCGCGUUAAUUUGUGUUUUUAUCGGAUCAGCUUUAGGUUUGCACAUUGAUAAAGAAUCGCCACCGCAAUGGAGUGACGUAUAUACGGUCAAGGGAGUAUUAAAUAUUCCGUAUGCAGAACUUCACGAACCAUUCUAUGCUUGGUUCGACAGCAAAAAUGGCAAGUCACGCAUCGACUACUACGGCGCAAUGGUCAAGACCUAUCAGCUCGCAUCAUCUGUUUACCCCGCCUUCGGCACUUCGAUCAAGAUCGCUCCAGUGACGACGGAAAAAGUACAAAAUCAAGAGACCUGCCUUCAGGUCAAUGGCACUGAAGACCAGAGCAUCAAUAUACAGACGGUGUUACCCGAUAUGACCGACUUCAAAUAUGUCGAUACAGAAACGAUGCAAGACUCUGACGCGGCGAAAUGGCGCAUGGUGCAGACUAUCGGCGACAAGAUCAACAAGUACACCAUGUGGGUCAAGUACAAGAAGAGUCUGAAGGGCGACCCCAUACCCAUACCUCUCAGGUAUGAAAUGAAAGGCUUCAACUCUCUGCUCGGGUCGCACUACGAUCACUAUUACAUCGACUAUAGGGACUACGACGUGGACGAAAUCGACCAGGACGUCUUCAAGAUCGAUCCCAGUCUCCAAUGCUCAUCGUUCCCGGGCCCCGGGUAUCGUCACUUCGCGACCUUCAACCCGAUGAAGGAAUUCGUCCAUCCCAUACACGACGCUCACAUUGAAGAAGAAUUCGAAAGAUUCAAAUCGAAGCACAACAAACAGUACUCGUCGGAUAUUGAGCACGCCAAGAGAUCUAAUAUAUUCAGGCAAAAUCUCAGGUACAUCCACUCCAACAACCGCGCUCACCGCGGCUUCACAUUGGCCGUGAACCAUCUUGCGGAUCGCACGGACGAUGAACUGGCCGCGCUGAGAGGACGACGAUACUCUGGUCCCAACUCUAUGGGUCUGCCAUUCCCUCACAGCGAGAAAGAAAUGGAAGAAUUAAGUGAUAAGCUACCGUCUGAAUUCGACUGGAGACUUUUUGGCGCUGUCACACCUGUGAAAGAUCAAUCCGUCUGCGGCUCUUGCUGGUCGUUCGGCACUGUAGGCGCAGUGGAAGGCGCCCUGUUCCUGCAUAACGGAGGGCACUUGGUUCGACUCAGUCAACAGGCUCUCGUCGAUUGUUCCUGGGGUUUCGGUAACAACGGUUGCGACGGCGGGGAGGAUUUCCGCGCGUACCAGUGGAUCAUGAAACAUGGUCUACCCACCGAGGAGGACUAUGGCGGUUACUUGGGACAGGAUGGCUAUUGCCACAUCGAUAAUGUAACGCUGGUCACAUCGAUGAAAGGAUGGGUGAACGUUACUGCCAAGAACGAAAACUCUUUGCGGUACGCGAUCUUCAAGUACGGACCCGUGUCGGUGGCAAUCGACGCGUCACACAAAAGCUUCAGCUUUUACUCCAAUGGCGUCUACUAUGAACCUAAGUGCAAAAACCAAGUAGAAGAGCUUGACCACGCGGUCUUAGCAGUUGGUUACGGCAUCCUCAAAGGACAGAAGUACUGGCUCAUCAAGAACUCUUGGUCCAACUUGUGGGGCAAUGAUGGAUACGUGCUCAUGGCCACCAAGGAUGACAACUGUGGCGUCCAGGCCGCGCCCACUUACGUACUUAUGUAGAUAACAUGUUAUAGGAAAAGGUCAGAAGUGGGAUGAAGAGCAAAAUUUAAAAUUGUUUUUUUUCAAUAUAAUAUAUUAUAUAAUGAAAUUAGAAUUUUUCGAUUGCUUAUUGCUAUCUUCUUUAUACAUUUUUUGAUUUUUUCUCGUUUGGUGUAAAAUUCUCUAUUGAAUGGGUUAAUGGGCUUUUGUAUGUCACAAAAAUCCAUUAUAUGGUUAUUGGUUACCAUCUUUUAUCCAUGGAUUCUAAAAAUAAUUAUGCAUCCCACAAAUCUAUCUCAGUAAUUGUAUAUCUAUCUUAGUAGUUGUCGCCCAGGUUAAUUUUUUAAUUAGUACAAAACCUUCAAAACGUAAAUGAGAAAUUUAAUUAUAUUAAUGGUGUUUUCGUUUCUACUCGUAGAUUAAGUGUAGUUUUUAUUUAUAAAUAAAUUAAUAUUGCAAAGGCUUAGAUAUAUUGUGAAACUG